AUGGCUAAGACUAAGUACUACGCGGUUCGGAAGGGACACCAGCCAGGAAUUUAUCUGACGUGGCCGGAAUGUCAACGACAGGUGUAUAAUUUCAAAGGCAACCAGUGCAAGAGCUUUGAGUCAUUGGAUGAAGCCAGGUCCUACCUCGCUCUUGCUAACAUCUUCGCGCUCUACCGCAUGGAGUUUGACGGAGCCUCCAAGGGCAACCCGGGGCGGGCCGGGGCGGGCUCUGUGUUGCGGGAUGAACAUGGCAAAGAGCUUGUGUGCAUGAGGGAGGGCGUGGGGCACGGCACGUGUAACAUGGCAGAGUAUCGCGCGUUCAUAGGGGGGGUGGAGCUGGCACUUGCUCUCGGCAUCACGAGGCUACACGUGCAGGGAGAUUCGAUGUUGGUGGUCAUGCAGGUGCAGGGCAAAUGGAAGCAUCGUCUCUUUACCCCUUCUGUUCUCCCCUCCCCACUAUCCCUUUACCCGUCAACUGAAGGACCCACACCGACGAUUUUCUCCACCCUCAUCCUCCACCUUCCUCCCCCCCUCUCCAUCCCUCCACUCCUGAAUCCAACCCCUUCAUUCUUCCAUUAG